AUGGCGGGAGGCGCCUCCGAACCUACCACCAUACAUCAUACACCACCACCAACACCGCACGCCAAGAUUGCUCUGCUCCGCUCCGCCCCCGCUAACUCUUCUUGGCUUCUUGCCGCCGUGUCGCGCGCAGGCAGAGGGAGGGAGGCACGGGCAGGUGAGAGAGGCGCGCAAAGAAGCGGGAGCGAGCAAGUGUACGGAGAGGGAGCGAUGGGGGACUCGGCGGCGCCGGCGCCGGCGGCAGGCAGGCUGGAGAAGAGCUACUUCGACGUGCUGGGCAUCUGCUGCCCGUCGGAGGUGCCGCUGGUGGAGAAGCUGCUGGAGCCGCUCGCCGGCGUGCACAAGGUCACCGUCGUCGUGCCCUCCCGGACCGUCAUCGUCCUCCACGACGCCGCCGCCAUCUCCACCGCCCAGAUUGUGAGGGAGCUGAACGGGGUGAGGCUGGAGGCGUCGGUGAGGGCGUACGGCGGCGCCGGGCAGAGCAAGGUGUCCAACAAAUGGCCCAGCCCCUACGUGCUCGUUUGCGGGGUCCUUCUGGUGGUCUCGCUCUUCGAGCACUUCUGGCGGCCGCUCAAGUGGUUCGCCGUGGCGGGGGCGGCCGCGGGCCUGCCGCCGAUCGUGCUCAGGAGCGUCGCCGCGCUCCGGCGGCGCACCAUGGACGUCAACAUACUCAUGCUCAUCGCAGUUGCUGGGGCCAUAGCUCUCAAGGACUAUUCUGAGGCCGGGUUCAUCGUCUUCCUCUUCACCAUAGCCGAAUGGCUCGAGACCAGGGCCUGCGGCAAGGCCACUGCUGGCAUGUCGUCACUGAUGAGCAUGGCACCACAAAAUGCUGUUCUGGCAGAGACUGGACAAGUGGUUGCUACCCAGGAUGUGAAGAUCAAUACAGUAAUAGCUGUGAAGGCAGGGGAAGUCGUGCCGAUCGAUGGUGUUGUUGUUGAUGGACGGAGUGAGGUCGACGAGAGCACCCUCACCGGGGAGUCCUUCCCUGUGUCCAAGCAGGCAGACUCCCAGGUCUGGGCUGGCACACUCAACAUAGAUGGUUACAUUGCUAUGAGGACAACUGCUAUGGCCGACAACUCUGCGGUGGCCAAAAUGGCAAGGCUGGUCGAAGAAGCCCAAAACAGUCGAUCCAGUACGCAGAGGCUGAUCGACACUUGCGCCAAGUACUACACACCCGCUGUUAUUUUCAUGUCUGCAGCAGUGGCAGUGAUCCCUGUGUGUGUCAGAGCACGCAACCUAAGACACUGGUUUGAACUGGCCCUAGUUCUCCUGGUGAGUGCUUGUCCAUGUGCUCUGGUGCUGUCGACACCUGUGGCAACCUUCUGCGCGCUACUGAGGGCCGCGAGGACCGGGCUCCUCAUCAAAGGAGGGGAUGUCCUUGAGUCCUUGGCCAGUAUCAAAGUUGCUGCCUUCGACAAGACUGGUACAAUCACUAGAGGCGAGUUCUCUGUCGAGGAGUUUCAGACAGUUGGUGAGCGUGUUUCGAAGCAACAACUUAUUUACUGGGUUUCAAGCAUCGAGAGCAGGUCGAGCCACCCAAUGGCAUCUGCUCUUGUUGGUUAUGCUCAAUCAAACUCUGUAGAGCCAAAAUCAGAAAAUGUUGCUGAGUUUCAAAUCUAUCCUGGCGAGGGGAUUUACGGUGAAAUUGAUGGAGAGGGCGUAUAUGUUGGGAACAAAAGGAUCUUGGCAAGGGCAUCGUGUCAAACAGUUCCAGACAUAGUAGAACACAUGAAAGGAGUUACCAUCGGAUACGUGGCCUGCAACAAGGAAUUGAUUGGGGUAUUCAGCCUAUCGGAUUCAUGCCGAACUGGGUCAGCCGAGGCCAUCAAGGAGUUGAGAUCAUUGGGCAUAAAGUCAGUGAUGCUUACUGGCGAUAGUACUGCCGCUGCCACACAUGCGCAAAACCAGCUGGGGAACAUACUAGCCGAGGUUCAUGCUGAACUUCUGCCAGAAGACAAAGUGAGAAUUCUUGAUGAACUGAAGGCAAGAGAUGGCCCUACACUGAUGAUUGGCGACGGCAUGAAUGAUGCCCCAGCACUGGCUAAGGCUGAUGUUGGAGUCUCCAUGGGUGUGUCCGGUUCAGCCGUCGCAAUGGAGACGAGUCACAUUACUCUGAUGUCGAAUGACAUCCGCAGGAUCCCAAAGGCUAUCAAGCUGGCCAGGAGGACACACCGGACCAUCGUCGUGAACAUUGUCUUCUCGGUGACUACGAAGCUUGCAAUUGUUGCACUUGCGUUUGCCGGGCAUCCGCUUAUUUGGGCAGCAGUCCUUGCUGAUGUUGGCACAUGCUUGUUGGUGAUCAUGUACAGCAUGCUGCUACUGAGGGAGAAAGGCAGUGGAAAGGUGGCGAAGAAAUGCUGUGCUUCUUCUCACUCAAAAAAGCAUGAGCAUAGUACUUCCCACCACCACUGCUCCAAUGGUCAUCAGCAUGAGCAUGUAUCUGCAGGCAAGCAUUCUUGCCAUGAUCAUCACCAUGAGCAUGAUCACCACAAAGAGCCUAGCAACCUGCAUUCCACAGACAAGCAUGGCUGCCAUGAUCAUGGCCAUGGCCAUAGCCACUGCAAAGAGCCGAGCAGCCAGAUGGUGACAAGCAAGCAUGUUUCCCAUGGGCAUGGCCAUACCCACAACAUCUGCAACCCUCACCCCACUGCGAACAAGCAUGAUUGCCAUGACCAUGAACAUAGCCACCACCAAGAACCCAACAGUUCACAUUCUGCCGAUGAGCAUGAUUGCCAUGAUCACAAGCACUGUGAAGAACCAAUCAGCUUGCUUUGUGCCACUGAGCAUGCUUGCCACGACCAUGAGCAGAACCAUGAGCAUCAUUGCUGUGAUGAAGAGCAAACAGUGCAUGUCGCAGAUACGCAUUCCUGCCACGACCAUAAGCAUGACGGCAGUGCGGCUGAUCCAGUUCCAGAGCUGUCGAUAUCUAUCGAGAGCGCAUUGCCUGAUCACCAUGAGCAGGAAAUCCAGUGCAUCAAAGAACACAAAGAGGAAGCGUGUGGACAUCACCUGAAGGUCAAGGAUCACGUCCCGGCUCUGACGCAUUGCAGCAGGGGAAACUGUCACAGUACGGAGAGCAGCAAGGGAUGUGAAAGCAAAGGCAAAGAAGUUUGUCCAAGCUGGCCGGUUGGUCGUACCGGAAUAAUCCGCAGGUGUUGCAGGACUAGGGCGCGCAGCUGCUGCAGCCACAGCAUGUUGAAACUACCAGAGAUUAUAGUAGAGUAG